AUGGUCACCCACCCCGACUUCCCCGCGGCGUCGCCCCCGCACCUCCAGGCCGGGGCGGCGCGGCGCCGUUUCUGGGGCGUCCUCAGCUGCCUGUGGGCCGGCGUGUUCGGGGCCCUGGCCGCCGCCGCCGCCAAGCUGGCCUUCGGCAGCAAGGCGCACGUGAUCACCUGCGCCUUGGGCAUCUUGGUGACGGCGACCGCCAACUCUCUGAUGUGGACCUUCUUCAGCCGCGGCCUCAGUUUCUCCGUGACUUCCGCCACUGCGUCUGUCACGGUGACUUUUUCGAACAUCCUCAGCUCGGCCGCCCUGGGCUUUGUGUUGUACGGAGAGAGCCAGGAGGCGCUGUGGUGGGGCGGCGUGCUCCUCAUCCUCUGCGGACUCAUCCUCGUCCACAGGAAGGACCUUCCGCGCAAGCAGCAGUAG